UUGGCCGUGAAGGAGAAACACCAGCUCCAAGCCAAGCUGGAGAACCUAGAACAGGUCCUAAAGCACAUGCGAGAGGCCGCGGAACGGCGGCAGCAGCUGGAGUUGGAGCAUGAACAAGCCCUGGCCGUCCUCAACGCCAAGCAGCAGGAAAUCGACCUCCUGCAGAAGUGCAGGGUGCGGGAGCUGGAGGAGAAAUGCCGCGCGCAGAGUGAGCAGUUCAGCCUGCUGUCCCGGGACCUGGAUCAGCUCCGGCAGCACGCGGGCGAGAUCGACCUGCUGGGAGGCAGCUCCCUGGAUGUCCCCUCGUCCCCCGGCAAGCCCUUCCGGAGGUUCAUGAACGGACUGGCUCCCCCCAUUGGCAAAGGUCAGGAAAGCUCCAUUGGAAGCCGCGCUGUGAUUGGGGAAUAUAUCCAGCCCCUCCCGCUCCCGGGUGACAAGCCAGAACCUCUGUCCGUCAAGCCCGCCUUUCUGUCAAGAUCUGGUGGCCCAAGAUGCAGAUUUGAAUCAGACAUGGAUAAUGAACGGAAUUCCAGUACCGCCAAGCAGAGAUACUCGGGGAAGGUCCACUUGUGUGUCGCCCGCUAUAGUUACAACCCCUUCGACGGGCCAAAUGAGAACCCGGAGGCCGAGCUGCCCCUCACGGCGGGGAAGUACCUCUACGUCUAUGGAGACAUGGACGAGGACGGCUUCUACGAAGGCGAGCUCCUGGACGGGCAGAGGGGCCUGGUGCCCUCCAACUUCGUGGAUUUUGUCCAGGACGAGUCUCGGCUGGCAAGCACUCUGGGGAAAGGCCAGGAUCAGAGCGUCGUCAGCCACGCCGGCGUCGGCUCGGAGGCGGAGCACAUCCUGGACCUCCACUCCCCGACGCACGCGGACUCCGGCCUCUCCGACCACGGGGCGGGGAUGCGGGACGUGAACAUCGAUGACGUCGGAGAAGACACCGUGCCUUACCCUCGGAAAAUCACCCUCAUCAAACAACUUGCCAAAAGUGUCAUCGUGGGCUGGGAGCCCCCGGCGGUGCCCCCGGGCUGGGGGGCUGUGAGCAGCUACAGCGUGCUGGUGGACGCAGAGACGCGCCUGAGCCUGGCGCCGGGUGGCAGGACCAAGGCCCUGGUGGAGAAGCUGAACAUGGCAGCCUGCACCUACCGCAUCUCCGUGCAGUGCGUCACCAGCCGGGGCAGCUCGGACAAGCUGCGCUGCACGCUGCUGGUGGGCAAGGACGUGGUGGUGGCGCCGUCCCACCUGCGCGUGGACAGCAUCACGCAGGUCUCCGCCCGGCUCUCCUGGGCGCCCGCCAACAGCAACUACAGCCACGCCAUCUUCCUCAACGAGCAGGAACUGGACGUGGUCCGGGCCGCCAGCUACAAGUACCAGUUCUGCAACCUCAGGCCCAACGCGGCUUACAAGGUGAAGGUCCUGGCCAAGCCCCACCAGAUGCCCUGGCAGCUGCCCCUGGAGCAGAGGGAGAGGAAGGAGGCCUUCGUGGAGUUCUCUACGCUGCCGGCAGGUCCUCCCGCUCCCCCCCAGGACAUUGCCGUCCAGGCCGCGGCCACCCCAGGCACCGUCCAGGUCUCCUGGAAGCCGCCCGCCCUGACGGCCAUGGGGCUGUCCAACGGAGCCAACGUCACCGGCUACGGCGUGUAUGCCAAAGGGCAGAGGGUAGCGGAGAUCAUCUCCCCCACGGCGGACGGCACGGCCGUGGAGCUGGUGCGGCUGCGGAGCCUCGAAGCCAAGAGCGUGACCGUGCGGACCCUCUCCGCCCAGGGCGAGUCCGUAGACUCCGCCGCCGCUGCCAUCCCCCCCGACCUCCUGGUGCCUCCUGCCCCCCACCUGAGAACUGCUCCCACACCGAAGCCAUUAGCAAGUGCCGGAGCCCCCGAUACCAAAGAUGAACACCUGGGUCCGCACGCCGCGGCGGAUGAGGCCUGGGAGCUCGGCCGGGCGCCUGCUCCGGCCCACGGGCACCUGCUGGAGCCGCCCGGCCUGCACGGCUCGGGCCCGGGGCGGCGGUCGCCCUCGCCCAGCCGCAUCCUUCCGCAGCCGCAGGGCGCCCCGGUCUCCACCUCCGUCGCCAAGGCCAUGGCCCGGGAAGCCGCGCAGAGGGUGGCCGAGAGCAGCAGGCUAGAGAAAAGGAGCAUCUUCCUGGAGAGAAGCAGUGGGCAGUAUGCAAACUCGGACGAGGAAGAUGGCUACGAGUCCCCCGACGUCAAGAGGAGGGGCGCGUCGGUGGACGAGUUUCUGAAAGGCUCGGAGCUGGGCAAGCCGCCGCACUGUUGCCAUGGAGACGAGUACCACACGGAGAGCAGCCGGGGGUCCGACCUCUCGGACAUCAUGGAGGAGGACGAGGAGGAGCUCUACUCUGAGAUGCAGCUGGAGGACGGGGGCCGGAGGCGGCCCAGCGGCACGUCCCACAAUGCCCUCAAGAUUUUAGGAAACCCGGUGACUGCUGGACGGGCUGAUCGGGUGGAUCUUGUGGGCCGGAGGUUUCCCCACGGCAGUGCUGGCCGCCACAGGUUCCGGCCAACGAUGGUCCCGUCUGCCGAUGAGUACGGUGGGCGGAACCGGCUUUCUCCAGACUUCUACGAAGAGUCAGAGACGGACCCUGGGGCGGAAGAGCUCCCGCCCCGGAUCUUUGUGGCUCUUUUUGACUAUGACCCCCUCACCAUGUCCCCGAACCCAGAUGCUGCGGAAGAGGAGCUUCCCUUUAAAGAAGGGCAGAUCAUCAAGGUUUACGGUGAUAAAGAUGCUGAUGGAUUCUACCGCGGGGAAACCUGCGCUCGGCUUGGCCUUAUUCCUUGUAACAUGGUCUCUGAAAUUCAGGCUGACGAUGAGGAGGUGAUGGACCAGCUUCUCAGACAAGGCUUCCUCCCCCUGAACACACCUGUGGAGAAAAUAGAGAGAAACAGAAGAAGCAGCCGGCAGCGCUCGGUGGCGACGCGGAGGAUGGUGGCCCUGUACGACUACGACCCGAGGGAGAGUUCGCCCAACAUCGAUGUCGAGGCUGAACUUACAUUUUGCACUGGAGAUAUUAUUACUGUUUUUGGUGAAAUUGAUGAAGAUGGAUUUUAUUAUGGGGAGCUUAAUGGGCAGAAAGGCCUCGUACCCUCCAACUUCCUAGAAGAAGUGCCUGAUGAUGUAGAAGUCUAUCUUUCUGACGCGCCGUCCCACUACCCGCAGGACACGCCGACGCGCUCGAAGACGAAAAGGAAGAAGAGUGUGCAUUUCACCCCUUAAUCAGGCAAUGUAGCCUUCACGUAAGUGAGCAACUGAAGAUACCUGUAAACAUAGCAACCUAAGCUACCUGCAAUGGACCAAUGCGGUAGACUUAAGGCUUCACUGGGGGGGCUAAAAAAAAGAAGAAAUAUGUCUCAAAAACUCACUGGACCUAAAGUGUUAUUGGUCUCAGUUGUAAAGCAACUGAAUUUGUAGUAAAUAAAUCAUCUUUGAUAAUCAUUUCCUACGAUUUACAUUAAGAAUAUUUGGAAGGCCAACAUUGGGAACAUAUUUCUUAACUGGCUAAUUGUUUGUUUACACAGAGUGUUCCAAUGUCUAUUCAUAAUUAAAGCUGCAUAUUGCAUUGUUAGCCACUCUUGGAAAAAGCACAACCUAAUAAAUGUUUACUCGGGAAAUUUUACCUAAAAAAACCACAACUCA